GGGAGGAGGGGGCGGGCUCCCAAUCCGGUUCCAUCCGGUUCUCCCACCGCCCCCGCCGCGGGUCGCAGCAGCUCGGGCGGCGGGAGGAGCGUCAGCGGCCCAGGCAGCCCAGCUUCGCGGAGGCUCUCGGCGCGCGGCGGCCCGCAGGCACCCGGCACGCGCCCGCCCCGCCGCCACGAUGCCCAAGAGGAAGGUCAGCUCGGCCGAGGGCGCGGCCAAGGAGGAGCCCAAGAGGAGGUCGGCGAGGUUGUCCGCUAAACCUGCUCCCGCAAAAGUGGAAACGAAGCCAAAAAAGGCGGCAGGAAAGAGUUUGGAAGACUUGAGACGCCCGGAGGUGCCAGCAAGUGCAGCCGAGGAGGGAAAUCCCUUCUUGCGGGAUAAAUCUUCAGACAAAAAAGUGCAAACAAAGGGGAAAAGGGGAGCAAAGGGAAAACAGGCUGAAGUGGCUAACCAAGAAACGAAAGAAGACUUACCUGCAGAAAACGGAGAAACCAAGAACGAGGAGGUCAGAAAGUCCAGCCUCCGAUGAAGCAGGAGAGAAAGAAGCCAAGUCUGAUUAAUACCAUAUACCAUGUCUUAUCAGUGGUCCCUGUCUCCCUUCUUGUACAAUCCAGAGGAAUAUUUUUAUCAACUAUUUUGUAAAUGGCAAGUUUUUUAGUAGCUCUAGAAACAUUUUUAAGAAGGAGGGAAUCCCACCUCAUCCCAUUUUUUAAGUGUAAAUGCUUUUUUUUAAGAGGUGAAAUCAUUUGCUGGUUGUUUAUUUUUUGGUACAACCAGAAAAUAGUGGGAUAUUGAAUGUGGGAGGCUUUGAUUGUCUUGGGUGUCAGCUCAACAUUCCAUAGACGGGGUAGUUUUUAUAUCCUAUAAUACCAAGCAUACUAAAUGGCAAUUUGGAGUCAGUCGUGCAUUUAAUAUGUCUUGAACAUUUUAAAUUUCUUCUAUUCCCAUGUUGUUUUUGGUAGAAUUGUUUCCUAAAGAAAACCACUCCUAGAUCUUGGCUCUCCUUGUCAGAAUUCUUGUGCACUCUGUAACAUCUUGGUUGUGGUAGUCCAGUUUUUCUAGUAACUGUUAAUGUGCUGUGCAAGAUUGAAAAUUUGAAUAUGUAGUGUAUAUGAUAUUAAAUUGUGAAUUAAUGGGACUUAACAAAGUAAUAACAGUGUAUCAGCAUUUGAAGAUAUUGGUACUUGAUAUACUGUUAAGGAAAAUUUGCCUCCAAAUUUUAAGCUGGAAGGUCACUGGAAUAACUUAGAAAAGGAUCACAACUACAUGAUUUUUUAGAUUUUCGGUACGUACGUUAAGAAUUGUGUACAAAUUGAAAUGUCUGUACUGAUCCUCAGAACAACCAAUAAAAAAUUAUGAAAGAAUUUCUUGAAGCACAUAAAUUAGGUUCUGGCUUAAAUUUUAUUGAAAGAAUUACAACGCUUGUUCUUCUAAAGUGUUCUUAAAAUUUGAAAGUGGAAUAUUUAGUUUUUUUGUAAUACUUGAACAUGUACAAAGUUCUUGGGAGAUGUUUGUGUGCCUGAUUCGGUUUAAUAAUGGGCAAACGGUCCAGCAUCCUGAAGCAAACUAAAUAUGUAAUUAUUUGUGCUUCAUAUUGAGAUAAGUAUUGGAUAAGCUAAAAGUAUAUCUAGUGUGGUUUGUGUUUGCAUAUUUUUGAGAUUUUCAUACAUAUUGCACUUUCGUCAGAGGUGGUAUUGGACACCUGCUAGUGCAUUUUGGGAAAUGCAAACACAGGGCCAGAGAACGCACCAGGCUGAGGUCACCACCGAAUGAGAAACCUUGAAACAGUGUAAACUUCACUAUACUUGUUAUUUUGCCCUGGAAUGAUUGGGGGUGGGGCACAAGAAUGCUCUAGAAACAAGUGCUGUGAGGGAAUCACAGCUCUGCAAAGACGACCACAGGAAUGGCCGUUUUGAGCAGACUUCAAUCGGGAGUGGUGAAGUGUGACACCUUCAGUGAAACCACAGGAUGUUAAUGCAAAGAGGAUGUUGAGAUGAACGGACACCAAAGGAGGGCUGCUGUGGUGACCCUGAGGGAGUGGGAGGGGUCUAGGAGCCACGUUCCCCAUCGUCCCUCUGUGGAGGGCCUGGGACCCUGAUCAACAGAUUUGUCACUAAUUUCUAAGUAUAGGCAGCACGGGUUUGUGGAUACGUAAAUUUAAGCAUUGGACUAAAACCUUUCUUGGUUGUAUGUUUACCUUAUACAAUCUUACUGAACCAGAAUUUCUCUAGCCACCUCUCUUGGUAGCAGUUAAAAAUGUCUAAAAACCCAUGACGAAAACCCUAGAAUUUUAACCCUUUAACCUGUCUGGCACUGUUCACCUGUACCACCCAACCCCCUAUCCCUAGGAACAGUUGUUUGUCGUUUACAGUCACAGGGAGAUCUCUGUUGUUCUGAAAUCCUUGCUAAUAAUAAAGAGACUUACUGGUUUUCUAAAAAGUAA